CCCCCCCCUCCCCGCCAGUGCUGGGCAGGCACUGCCCGGUUGGAGAGGAAGGGGCUGGACAAGGUGGUGCUGGGAGCAGAGUGUGGGGACACCGAGCAGACACGGGCAUGGGGUGCAAGGCGCUGCUACUGCUGCUUCUGGGGCUGCUUCUGGGGACACCCCAGGGCCAAAGCCAGAGUGAGGGGGAGCUCAGCUCAGCAGAGAGAGAAGCCUUGAUGCUAAAGCACUUGCAGGAAGUGCUGCAGCUCCCCGAGGUGGAGGGCCAGGGCUCCCCCGAGGUGACACUCACGGAGCUGGGCCCUGACGGAAGCAAGGAGGGGGGUCAUGUGGAGGUAGAGGAUGGGGCCCAGGGCAGGGAGGAGAAAGCUGCCCCCAUGCAGCCAGCCAUGACCACGGUGCCCCCCCAACCUGAAGAGGAGGAUGGAUUAUCCUACAUCUUCUUGCGCCUGGCCAGCCUGGACACGGCUGUGCACCGCCUCAAUGUGCAGUUCCAUGCCAUGGACGUGCGCAUGGCCCAGUUCUCUCAGGGCCUGACCCAGCUACGGACAUGUCUGGCUGAGGCCCAGGAGGUGCUCAGCGCCCUCAAUCAGACCAGCACCCGCAACCAGCAUGACAUCGGCAGGAUGGAGGGCUGCUUGCGGGGCCGGCGGACCCAGACCAAGUGCUUCCUAAUCUUCAAGGAAUUUGAGGGCUACGACCAGGCACACACACUGUGCCAGACACGAGGCGGGAACCUGGCCAUGCCAGCUGACGCCACUGAGCUAGGCGUUCUACGUCGAUACCUCUAUGAUGCCUUCCAGCCCUCCAACUGGCCAUGCUGGGUGGGCAUCCAUGACCGACGGGCUGAGGGGCUGUGGCUGUUCGAGAAUGGGCAGCGUGUCUCAGUCUUUGACUGGUACAAGGACCACCUGGUAAGCCAGCCCAAUGGGGGCAUGCGAGAGAACUGCAUCUCGCUCUCCUCCGACGAUGGCAAGUGGUGGGACAGCGACUGUGCCCAACGUAUGUACUAUGUCUGCGAGUACCGCCUGUAGUAGUAUGAGUACUGCCCUGCCCUAUAAGUACCCCUCCACUCACCAGGACCACGGCUGCCCUAGUGUAUGGUUCUGGCUGAUACCAACUACAGCCCACCCCUGCACCCCACCCCAAUCCCUCCCCACCACAGACUCUGGCCUCAUUCCUACCCUGAAACCCCAGGGACCCUUCCUAAGCUACCACUGCCUCCAACCCAACUCCUCUCAGAUCCUGAACUCACUCCAUUUGACCCCCCAAGGCACUCCCCAAACAACUACUGCCUCUAACCCAACCCACGAUGGACCCUGAUCUAUCCCCCACUCCCAACCUUCCCCACCCCAACAACCAAUACCCCCUUUCCCAUCUCACACCUAUCCCAGUCCUGCAGAUUCCUCCUCUCCCCAAACAGCCACUGCCCCCCAACCUUCCAGAAACCUUGACCUCCGCCCCAGGGACCUCCACCAAGCAUUGCCCCCAGGGAGCUGGUAUCCAACUACCAACCUCUCCCCCACCCCAACCCCUAGAUUCAACCCCUACCUUUUUACCUCUAAGGGGGAGGACAGCUGCAGCUGGUGCAUGACCUGGCUGCAAGGGCUGACUCAAGGGGGGCUGCAGGGACAAAGAAAGCCACAUAGGCACUGCUGGGAGUAGCCCGUCCCCAUAUGCCAAUGGCCAGCAGCGAGGACCUCCCCAACAAAGCUAGGUUUCCCCCCACCCCAGUUCCACCCCUGUGCUGCAGGUCACCAGGGGCAGCUCCCCGCCCCCCUGUCAUUUAUUACCUUUGUCCCAUUAAGUCUUAGGGCACUUGGGGAUCAAAGGUCACCAAUGCAGAGCUGUCCCUGGAGGUGGGGAGAGUCUGUACUCUUAUCUCCCCCACACACACUUUGACAGUACUCGGGCAGAUCCCUUCCCCUACCAGCAGCUCUGCCCCAUCCCAUUCAUUGGCCCCCUGGCAGCCCCCAUUUCCCCCACCCAAAGGCAGAUCCCUGCCCCAGCCGAAUAUCACACCUGUAGGCACCUCCUGUAAAACAGACACUCUUUUAUUUGUUUCCAGCUCAGGAGAAAUAUCUUUGGCUUCUUCCCCUCCCAUCACAACCCGAGUCUCUGGCCAGUGGAAGUCAGGAGGCUGAACACCCCCUCCCCCUCACCCCAAUCUCCUCCCCACCUGCCCCCCAGCUGGGUCAGUAGCUACGGAAAGCUUAUGUAAUUAUUCAUAUUAUUUUUUAACUUAAAAA